GUAAAGUAGUGGUGGAGAGCACGCCUGUGUGCUUUCACUUAGGACCAAUCUAACAAACAUUAGUCUAUGUAGUCUACUAUCUACUGGGGGUUUUAAAUCACAGAGAAUAAGUUCUACAUAGCCUAGUUUAGAGUGAGUAAGCUCGAAAAUGAAUAAGACUGAAUAUCAUCAACUACCACUUUCCCAAUAUGGUUUCGAGCAGCAAUUUGACGAGCGAGGCGCUAUCGAAUGGAUGCAGGAGAACUGGUGAGUAUGUUAUAACAUUGUUUGUUUUUCAAAAUAAUUAUGAAUUCAUCUUGUUCGUGUUGUCGAACAGGACAGCUGAAGCCCUUGAUCACUUCAUAAGUUGAAUAGUGUCAGGUGUGACAUCCCAAUGCUGACAGCCUAAGGUUGAAGCCAAAUAUUAUACCAUUUACUUUACCACCUUAUUAUUCAAAUAGCAGCCACAUUGUCCUGUUCUUGCUUUGAAAUUAGAAUAUCAACAUCUAGUAGUGGUUUAAUCAGGAUGUCUAGUAGAAAAGUAAAAAAUAAAUGUCAGCUAAACUGCAUGCAGAAAGAUUUUAUGGUUUCUUGUACAAAUGUAACAUUAAAAAAAAAUUCAAGCCAGCUAAGAUUAACCAAAGUGGCUAGGGCUGAUUUGCUUUAGUCAAUACAUUUCACUUAUCACCAUAGCAAACUGGGUGUGCCAUGUUAAAUACCUUUAGCAUGAGUAUGUAAAAACGUCACUUCAUUAAAGGGUGUGCUCAAUCACUGAAAUACCUUUGCAGCUGAGUAACCUUGCCAUGAGCACAAUUAAGGACAUUUUUACUGACAUUGUUGAUUUUUGUUUCUCUCUCACCAGGAGCAAGGCCUUUGUGUUCUGUGGCCUAUAUGCAGUGCUGGUCUUUGGAGGCCAACAUUUCAUGAAGGAGAGGCCUAAACUUAGUCUGCGCAGACCACUGGUGCUGUGGUCACUCAGCCUGGCCAUCUUCAGGUGAGUUAAAGCACAGAACACCCACAUUUACCGCUGACAUUUGAGUGAAUGAAUACAGUAAUCAUGUCAUGUCUCUGGAAACUUAAAUACCCAAAGCUCCAAAUCUAUAGUGAGCUUUUUUUGUUUUACAUCUGCCAACAAGUCACUUUUUCAUUAUGCAUCCAUCUGUUAACAAUCCUGAUGGUAGAAAGAUGGCUGUCACAAUCAUUUGUUAAGCGUUUAAAAAUCUUACUCCUAUGUUACUGUUUUAAGAUUACAAUUUGUGCUGAAAUGAUGCAUUAUUUGUGCAAAAAGCACCCUCAUGGAGCUGCUUUUAACGUGGUGGAACUAAGCAUACAUGUGCACUGCUUUGUUAGGGCAGUUUCCUAGACACCAACGUGACCUUACUACAUAUGUUUCCCUAGUGCAGGGCUCUCCAACCCUGUUCCUGGAGCGCUACCAUCCUGUAGGUUUUCACUCCAACCCUAAUCUAGCGCACCUGACUCUAAUAAUUAGCUGGUUGAUAAACUGAAUCGGGUUAGUUAAAACCUACAGGAGGGUAGCUCUUCAGGAACAGGGUCAACGAGCCCUAUACUACGUACGUGGUUGGAGGAGUUAGCGACAUAACUUUAGUGAACUCAGAGUUCAACUCGGAAACUGGUACCACAAGUGGUUCACCUUUUUAGCCAGGUACAUUUCUAUGGCAACGAAUCCUUCAGAACUAACCUGCUCACGGGCAGGCUAACUCGGGGCCAACUCCAUUUAUCUUGAAGUGUCUGACAUGUGAGUUGAGGACCAAAGACAUCAGAUUCCCUCCCUCUCGCAAACAUUGCAUCAUCCCCUUCAUUUUUGUUAGGUAUUUUAAUAUUACUAUUUAUCACAUAGAUUUAGUGAUUACAGAAUGCAUUGAAACUUCACACUUUUCACAUGGUGAAACUUGUAUGACUUAAUAUAAUUAUUUUAUCGAUAGGCUUGGUGAUUUAAAAGGUGCUUGUGCGUUGAUAAGCACACCAAUGACUGCGUUAAAGAUAAUACAAAUAAAGAUGGCACUUCAACAAGCCUAUUUCACACCAUAGCCUCUUUCAUUUUGAUUUUGGCACAAAUGAAAAUUUGGCACCAACUCAUCCAUGGAUUGAUGUUUCAGCAUUGUCUCAAUGAAAAGUUUGGUGUUCGACUAGCCACGUGCGACAUGCACAUGCAGUUAUAAGCCUGCUAGAGUUGGCGGCAAGCGGACGAGCAAUAUCCACCAUCAUAGUGCGGAUGAAACCCGAGCUGGAAUGUGAAGCUAGCUUUAGAAAACCCUGAUUUAGAUCUAGCUUCAGUCAUAGUAUACCCCUCAGGUGUCAUUACAGGUGUCUGGCUAAUGGGAUGGUGACCAAUGUUGGUCAGAUUUCCCAAAACAAAACCUUCCAAAAUGUGUUAAAUCUUAUCACUGUCUCAAAACAAACCAUCCCUAUGAAAUACUCAUUUGUGCAAGGCUGUGAUGCAAGGCUAGUAUAACUUGUUUAGUUUUGCCCUUGCCAUUUAGUGCAAUGCUUAACUUUAUUUUAAUUGCAGUAUCAUUGGAGCAAUUCGAACAGGAUGGUACAUGCUGUAUAUCCUCUCCACCAGUGGUUUCAGACAGUCUAUAUGUGACCAGAGCUUCUACAACGGGCCAGUGAGCAAGUUCUGGGCCUAUGCCUUUGUCCUGAGCAAAGGCCCUGAACUGGGUAAGAACCGGGGAUGGAACUGCCAGUCAUUUGUCUGAACUUGGUAUUUUGUCCACUCUACCAUGAGUGUCUAAUUUUUUGACAAACCAUAUAACUUAGUCAAAGAUAUGCAGUAAAUGUUAAGUGUGUCUGCAUGGCUGGGACCAUAACUUUGCCGGUCCUGAUGUGUUCUCUCCAUGACCUCCGCAGGUGACACUGCAUUCAUUGUGCUCCGUAAGCAGCGGUUGAUCUUCCUGCACUGGUACCACCACAUUACCGUGCUGCUCUACUCCUGGUACUCCUACAAGGACCAGGUGGCUGGAGGCGGCUGGUUCAUGACCAUGAACUACUCUGUUCACGCACUCAUGUACAGCUACUACGCAGUGCGGGCGGCCGGCUACCGUGUGCCACGCCCCUUUGCCAUGGUCAUCACCACCUUCCAGAUUGCUCAGAUGGCCAUGGGGCUGACGGUCAAUUGGCUGGUCUACCACUGGAUGCAGGAGGGGGACUGCCACUCCUACCUGAACAACAUUGUGUGGAGCUCCCUCAUGUACCUCAGCUACCUGGUCCUCUUCUCCUCCUUCUUCUACCAGACCUACAUGAAAGGCAAAGGUGGCAAGAGCUCCAAGAAAGACUAA